AUGGAAGAACAGGAGGUCAGUGACGGGCCUCCAGCCCAGACGACCAAUCAUGCCAGUCCCAUCGAUGACGAAAGAUUCAAAAUAUCAUCAUUACCUGCGGUGCUGGAAACGAAGACAAAGUCAGAUUUGCAGAAGCUCCCCUCCACUCUACCGCCCAAGGCCACGGAAAAUACUCGUCUUGACUUGGAAGCUGGCUCACAGCAAGAUGAGCAGGCCAUGAGCGUUCCUCGAGGUUCAAGAAGAGGUCUCUUCGCCUCUGUAACGAUUCUUGCCGAAAUCCACAACCCAUAUCUCUAUUCAAGGAGCAGGAAAUGGUUCAUCACGUUUGUGGUUGCCUUUGCUGCGGCAGCAACCUCACUUGGGAGCGCCAUUAUCUAUCCCGCCCUGGCUGAUACAGCCCGCGACCUCCAUGCGAGUCCCACGGUGACCAACCUGUCCGUCGCUCUGUACAUGCUCAGCAUUUCUUUUUGCCCGCUCUGGUGGUCAACAUUGAGCGAGACGGCUGGCCGCCGGACGACAUAUCUUGUUUCGUUGUUCUUCUUUGUGCUCUUUGCAAUCCUAUCGGCCACAGCUAAGUCGAUUGGUGUUUUUGUUGCAAUGCGUAUGUUGUCUGGUGGCGCUGGUGCAUCCGUUCAGGCAGUUGGGGCCGGGACUUUGGCCGACAUCUGGGAACCUUUUGAAAGAGGCAAAGCCAUGGGUCGUUUCUAUCUAGGCCCCUUGUGUGGGCCGCUCCUUGCUCCUAUAAUCGGAGGAUUCCUGGCUGCCCGCUGGGGCUGGAGGAGCACUCAAUGGUUUCUAGUCAUCUAUGGUGGAAUUAGUCUUGUCUUUCUUCUCUUUGCGCUCCCCGAGACAGUCAGGGUGCACGAGGACCCUCAAGCCGAGGGUACUUCAGAGGGGCACAUGAUACCAGUCGCCUCAAGAGCCCGGUCUCGCGGGCAAAGAUUGCUUGGCUUGUCUCGCCAGGUAUUGCUCGACCCGUUGAAGAUGGUCAUGCUGCUCCGGCACCUUCCAAUCCUCCUUACCGCUUAUUGGGCAUCGCUCGCCUUCGGCACAUUAUACAUUGUCAACAUUUCUGUUCAAGAUGCCUUCGCUAAACCUCCUUACAACUUCUCUGUGUCCAAAGUCGGUCUGACAUACAUCCCCGCGGGCGUUGGGUUUAUGGUCUCAGCCCUCUUCGCCGGAAGAUGGGCCGAUUAUGUCAUGGCGAGACAAGCAAAGAGAAAGAACAGGUAUGAUGAACGCGGCAAGUUGCUUUUGCGACCUGAGGAUCGUAUGAUGGAGAAUGCUUGGCUUGCUGCCAUUGCCUUUCCUGUAGCCUUGCUGUGGUAUGGCUGGAGCGCCGACCAGGGAGUUUUCUGGGUAGUACCGUUACUUGCUACCCUGAUUUUCGGCCUUUCUGCAAUGCUCAUCUUCGGCCUAGCUGUGACGAUGCUGACCGAGUUCGUUCCUCGCAAGCCCAGUAAUGGCGUCGCUGUGGCCAACUUCCUCCGCAACAUCUUUUCCUGCAUUGGUACUAUUCUAGGGGAUCCGUUGAUUCGCGCCGAAGGAACAGGAUGGAUGUUCACAGGGUUGGCAAUCCUCGUUAGCACGGGUAUCUUGGUUAUUUGGUGGAUGAGAGCGAAAGGUGCCAAAUGGCGCGUAGAAAAUGAAGGCAAAGUUGGAUAA